GUGGCUGAUUAUCGGUGAUAGUGUGGAAUCCGAUGCUUUGCGCCGUGAAAAUUAAACGGAUAAACGAGAUAAAAUAGAUAAAUAUGUCUGAAAUAGAUAUUCUGGUUGAAAUGGGUUUUCCAAGAAACAGAGCAGAGAAGGCCCUUACUGUUACUGGUAACAAAGGCGUGGAACCGGCUAUGGAAUGGCUCUUUGCUCAUUCAGAGGAUCCAGACAUUGAUGAACCUUACAAACCACCAGUUGGGCAUGUGUUGGGUGAAGAUGAUAAGUCAGCCUCUUCAGAAGGAGCAAGUGAGAAAGUUCCCAUUGAGAAUGCAGAUCAUUCAUCAGAUGCAACUGGGCCCAGUGAACAACCCCAGCAAGCCUUAUCUCUUGUUUGUGAUGACUGUGGAAAAAGGCUUAGAAGUGAGAAUGAUGUGCAGAUGCAUGCAGCAAGAUCAGGACAUUCCAACUUUUCUGAGUCUACAGAGGAAAUCAAACCUCUUACUGAGGAAGAAAAAAAGCAGCAACAAGACAGAUUACAACAACGACUAAAAGAAAGAAGAGAACAGAAACUAGCCAAUGAAAAGAAGGAGGCACUUGAAAAAGAAAAGAGCAGAAGGAAGUUUGGAAAGGAGCUGACAACCGUUAAACAAAAGAUGGAAUAUCAAGAAGCCUUGAAGAUAGCGAAUGAAAGGAAAAGGGAGAAAAUGGAAGAAAGAUUAGCAAAACAAAGAGUCAAAGAUCAGAUCGCAAGGGACAGGGCCGAGAGAGCCAGAAAGUUUGGUAAGGGCGGAGCCGACCCACAGCCGGUCAGUGCAGCAGCUACUGCAUCACCAGCCCAAACAGCUCAACCCGCUGCUGUAGAGAAAAAACAACAUACGACUUGUAAACUACAGUUUCGAUUAACCAAUGGCAGUGCGAUCACUGGAACUUUCCAAGCCACAGACUCACUGGAGACUGUUCGUAGUUACAUACAAGACAAACGCACAGAUGGCUCGGCGCCCUUUAACUUGAUGACAACCUUUCCCCGGAAGACUUACACGGACGGAGACAUGGAAACCAGUCUCCAGGAUGCUGGGCUGGUGCCUUCGGCCGUGCUGAUACUGACUAAAAUCUAAAAGAAACGCUAGCCAUCGCUUAUUGCAGAGAAAUCAAACUCGAGUCUGGCUCGACGUUGAGCGAUGCAAAUUGACUGUUAGAAGUUUGGGAAUUUCACUUGGCUUGAUUUACUUCGACCUGAGGCUGAUAUAGAAAUCCCCCGUCAUAUUCCAGACCAAUCAGAUAUAAAACUACAAUCCGAAGACGUCGCAUAUUUUUCCCCGCGCUUAAAGCAGUUUGUUUUCAAUGGCUUCUGAUAUUUUCCCUCGAGCUGAUUUGCCCGGUUUUCGACAACAAAAUGAAAUGCGCUCGAUUAAAAAGUAACCUUCAAUUUUUGAUGUGGAGGAGUUUCAGAGAGAUAAAAAUUAUUUUUAAAGUUAAAGGGGAGAGCUGGGGUGUUCGUAACGGAUUUGGUGAGGAGGGGGGGACUACAUUGAAAACGAUUUCGAUCUGUAUUAAUACCCUUUGAGCGAAAAUUCAUCAGGGAACUUUAAAUACAACGCACAAUGAGCUGAGAUGUUUCGCUCACUUUUAGCCGAUCUUGUUGGCACAGAAGUCAAGACCUUUUUAAGAACAAGAGUCAAAACUAAAACUUAAAAGCUGUUUUCAAUCGUGUCUUCAUCAUUUUCAUAUAUUAAACUGAGUUGUCAGCGAU